CGCAGGCAGCCGGCAUGUGAAAGAAUGCAGAGCGGGGGUGGGGCUGUUUCUCAGAGCAUCUACAUUCCAAACGCUCCAUUGCCAGUAGAGAUCAUUCUUAGCCUGAAGACAAAGAGAGAAGCCCACGCUGGUGACUUGGUUGGGACUCCGGAUCCACCGCCCUAAAUCAAUUACAAUUUCAUUUGGUUAGGCUGCUCCAUGUUUCCACUAUACUCAAACUGGACAGUGUUCCUUCUCUACCCAAUGGAGAGCACUUACCGGAUUUGACUUCACUCUUCAUCUAUCUUCCUCUACUCAUCCACUGACGGUUGAUCUGUUCUCAGUGGAACGCUCGCUGUGCACCUGCGCUUGGGAGAAGGGCGUGGAGAUACACACGAAAGGUACUCGUACGCGGCCAGGCUGAGUGAACAGGGGAGUUGGCCCGGUUCUUCCGCGCGCAUGGAGGGAGACGUUAUGGACAAGCUAGAUAGCAUGGCUGCGGUGUGUGACUUCGAUCCCAUUGCGGGAAGCGUCCCGGCCACCAAAGUGGAGAUCACAGUGUCAUGCAGGAAUCUAUUAGACAGAGACACAUUCUCCAAAUCUGAUCCAUUGGUGGUGUUGUACACUCAGGGCGUGGAGACCAAACAGUGGAGAGAGUUUGGGAGAACGGAGGUGAUUGACAACACUCUAAACCCAGACUUUGUUAGGAAGUACAUCCUGGACUACUUCUUUGAGGAGAAGCAGAAUCUACGCUUUGACGUAUACGACAUCGAUUCCAAAAGUCCAGAUCUGGCGAAGCAUCCCUCCGACAUUGACGACUUCUUGGGGCAGGUGUUCUGUACUCUGGGAGAGAUCGUAGGAUCCCCCGCCAGUCGACUGGAGAAACCCCUGGGUGGUAUCCCUGGGAAGAAAUGUGGCACCAUCAUCCUUUCAGUCGAGGAGCUGGGAAACUGCAGAGAAGUUGCCACCAUGCAGUUCUGUGCCCACAAGCUGGACAGGAAAGACUUCUUUGGGAAGUCGGACCCCUUCCUGGUCUUCUACCGGAGUAACGAGGAUGGAACGUUUACUAUCUGCCACAAGACGGAGGUUGUGAAGAACACUCUAAACCCAGUGUGGCAGGCCAUCGCCAUCCCUGUCAGAGCACUGUGCAACGGAGACUUCGAUAGGACGAUCAAGGCAGAGGUGUACGACUGGGACAGAGACGGCAGCCAUGACUUCAUCGGUGAAUUCACCACCAGCUACCGAGACCUGUCCCGAGGCCAGAGCCAGUUUAAUGUGUACGAGGUGGUGAACGCCAAGAAGAAGAUCAAGAAGAAGAGGUACAUCAAUUCUGGGACGGUGACCAUGCUGUCGUUCGCGGUGGAGUCAGAACACACAUUCCUCGACUACAUUAAAGGAGGAACUCAGAUUCACUUCACGGUGGCCAUUGAUUUCACAGCAUCCAAUGGUAACCCGUCCCAGUCCACCUCCCUCCACUACAUGAACCCGUACCAGAUGAAUGCAUACGCCAUGGCCCUGAAGGCUGUAGGGGAGAUCAUUCAGGACUAUGACAGUGACAAGAUGUUCCCUGCUCUGGGCUUCGGAGCCAAGCUGCCCCCCGAUGGACAUGUGUCCCACGAGUUCCCCUUGAAUGGCAACAUAGAGAACCCUUACUGCAACGGAAUGGAGGGGAUUCUAGAAGCAUACCAUCAGAGUCUAAAGACUGUACAACUCUACGGACCCACCAACUUCUCUCCGGUUGUCAACCAUGUGGCAAAGUACGCAGCGGUCGUACAAGACGGCUCUCAGUACUUUGUCCUGCUCAUCAUCACAGACGGAGUCAUAUCAGACAUGGCCCAGACCAAGGAGGCCAUCGUCAAUGCUGCUAAGAUUCCUAUGUCUAUAAUCAUUGUUGGAGUUGGACACGCUGAGUUCGAUGCCAUGGUGGAGUUGGACGGUGAUGACAUCAGAAUCUCCUCGCGAGGGAAGCUAGCAGAAAGAGACAUUGUACAGUUUGUCCCGUUCAGAGACUACAUGGACCGGACAGGAAACCACGUGUUGAGUAUGGCCCGGCUAGCCAAAGACGUCCUGGCUGAGAUCCCUGAACAGCUCAUCCUCUACAUGAAGAAUAGAGGUAUCAAACCCUGUCCCCUGCCUCCACCCAAUGAGGAACCAGGCCCUGAGGACCAGGACCACACCCACCCCUAUCUGAGCCCCACCCCCACUCCCAUUUGAGGCUCCAACCCUGGGGAAGUAGUUUCAGGGUAGGGUGGGUGGUAGCCUGGAUGGUGCAACCCCUCAUGGAGAAACGAAAUGUGGCAAUGCUUCAAGGCACAUUUUUCUCCUUCUUUACAUAUUCAUCUGGUUGUCGUGCUGAACAAAUAGCACUCUAUUUUCUUUGGAACGAGACUUCAGAAAGACUGCUUUGAGCAACAAAAAAAGCUGAAGAUCGGGGAGUUUUAUUUUUGAGUUUCAACGCCUGAUUGGGAGGGUGGAAAGGGGGAUAAGAAAGAGAGGAGGAGAAGAAGAGACGAGAAAUGUAAAGGAAAGUUAUGGGUAGUAUACCCUUGUACCCAUAACUCUUGUACCCUGUACCCAUACUCUAACCCAUGUACCCAUACUCUUGUACCCUGAGGUACAGAGGGAGGUUUUUUGAGGUCAUUAAUUAUUAGAACGUGCCAGUCAUGUUUGUGCAUAUGAUACCUUUUAGAGUGGUUGUGUAUGUGGGACUAAGAAAUCAUCUGUAUAAUGAUUUAUUUAUUGUAAAAACUACAGCAUUUAUUCAUGGGGGUUGGGGAUCCUCAUAUUUUCCCAUACCAAUUGUUGGGGUGAUCAAUGCUAUAAAUAAUUGUUUAUUUCUAUUUCAAUUAGUACUGUAAUAUAAAGCAUGUUUAUAAUUAGAUAAUGUCCAGCUGUUUAGGAAUAGUUAGGAACGAUGAAGAUGAGUUAUUUGACAUGUUUGACUGUAACAGUUAUUCAGAGGACCAGCUGUUUGUGUGACAGUUUACCUUCAUGCAUCAUAUACAAGACUUACUUACCCUACACAUAUUCAAUGUGUAUCAAUACAAUGCACUAUAAAGGCCAAAUUAAAAGCACAAAUAUCAUAUACAAUGCAUUGAUACUGAAGUAUAUAUCACAAUUAUAUACAAGCUAACCAACAGCUACCACAACAAGAUACAAUGGAAAGGACUGUUAUAAUUCAUUUCUUCCAGUUCUAGAAUAUCAUUGUUUAUGAUAAUCUAUUUACUUGACAUUCUACAUUCUUUAAUAUUAUAAUUCAUCUAGUUAUGCAUGAGCGUAGCCACAUCUUCAAAGGCCUGGAAUUUACAUAGCAUUUACAUAGUAUUUACAUAGCAUUUACAUAGUAUUUACAUAGCAUUUACAUAGUCGUAGUAUGUGGAGGGAAUGCCAUGUCGUUUAUAAGAUCCUUCUCAUUAUAUUUGCUGUGGUCGAUGUUGUCGGUUCUGUUUUGAUUGUUCUUCAUCCCUUGCGCACACCGGGCCAUGGAUAUUAGGGCAGCGGGUGUAUAACGGUGAGAAUGUACUAAAAAGUUGGUAUAAUGUUAGUUUGGUUUCUUCAGUUCGAUGUCAAGUCAACCGCAAUCCUUUUUUUUGUUGGACUAGAUUGUUUGUUUUUGAACCGGAUGGAAAAUACUUUGAUAACGGCAUAAUAGAACAAUUGGAAGUAUUGUAGUAAACUGUAUAUUAAUUGUGUUUAUAACAAGUCAUUAAAAGGGAGUCAAUAUAUAAAAAGCAACUGCACAAAGAGCAGUUGAUACCAUGAACAAUCUGUUUUCCUCACUUCAACUGGAAUACUGAUAGAUUUCCAACUCGCUGCCAGGGAUGUAUUGACGUCUUUAAUUGAAGUUAUUGAUGUAUAAUGUGACCUGGGGUUCGAACCGGGGUUUCCUAAGAACCCCAAGACUGUAUUUGCCCGCUAAGCUAAAACCUAGCCAUUAGCUGAAGGGGCCAACACAAGUCUUCUCGUUUCAGACAAGGUUACUCAUAACACGAGCCUGGUUCUGAACUGCCUCUGUUACACUGUAUGUAUCAAGACAACUUUCAAUUGGUAUAAUGCCAUCUAUGACUUGUUGUUAUAUUGCCAAAAUGAAGUUGUUGACAUAUUAAAGUAGUAGUUUCCUGAGCGAACAGCGGAGCAGCAUAACCACACAGCAGAGCAGCAUAACCACACAGCAGAGCAGCAUAACCAUACAUAAC